ACGCCUGUGGCUGGGGAACAGGGCCGUUCUGGAUACGGGUGCAAACACACUCCUGCAGCGGCCAUCGAAGCUUUCGGCAGCAGCUGUGCCCAGGCAGGACGGGGUUAGUGACCGAGAGGGCAAACUGGGCAACGGAGCAAGAGUCCAAGGUCAGAGGCACAAGUUACCGUCUAUUAUCACAGGUUGUCAAGGGGCAGGGGCUGUACCAGACAGUGCCAGCCACGCACGGGGGCGACUGCUCCCUGCCCAACACCUCUGCCACAGCACUCUGGCUACAAUGCCCUCGCCUUCCAGCAAAACUGGUCCUGCCUGGCCUCCUACAUGCUUCCCGCGUGUCUGAAACCCAUCAGGGCUGCCAGGGAGCUGUCCCCUUUAAGAGGUGGAGCUUGCAGCCUGGCACAGGAAGAUCAAGUCUGGAAUGAACUGCCUUGGUCAGAGGAGGCUGCAGACAGAAGCCAGCUGGUCAACACAGAAGAGACCAUGAGUGGCAGGGUGGGAGAUCUGAGCCCCAAGCAGGCAGAGGCGUUAGGCAAGUUCCGUGAGAACCUCCAGGACGUGCUGCCCUCCCUUCCCAAUCAUGACGACUACUUCCUCUUGCGCUGGCUCAGAGCUCGAUGUUUCGACCUGCAGAAAUCCGAGGCCAUGAUCCGCAAGUACGUUGAGGUUCGGAAGCACAUGGAUGCUGACAACAUCAUCAACUGGUGCCCCCCGGAGGUGAUUCAGAAGUACAUGUCUGGGGGGAUGUGUGGAUAUGACCGGGAUGGCUGCCCCAUCUGGUAUGAGAUCAUUGGGCCCCUCGAUGCCAAAGGCAUCCUGUUAUCAGCCUCCAAACAAGAUCUGCUAAAAAACAAGUACCAUGACUGCGAAAUGCUGCUUCAGGAGUGUGACAAGCAGACCCAGAAGCUGGGGAAGAGGGUUGAGAUGAUCAUGAUGAUCUAUGACUGUGAGGGGCUAGGCCUGAAGCAUCUCUGGAAGCCAGCCGUGGAGGCGUACGGAGAGCUUCUGUCCAUGUUUGAGGAGAACUAUCCCGAGACCCUGAAGCGCCUGUUUGUAAUUAAAGCUCCCAAGCUUUUCCCUGUGGCCUACAACCUCAUCAAGCAUUUCCUGAGUGAAGACACCCGUAAGAAGAUUGUCGUCCUGGGAGCAAACUGGAAGGAGGUCUUGCAGAAGUACAUCGCCCCCGAGGAGAUCCCUGUGGUGUACGGGGGAACCCUCCGGGACCCAGAUGGGAACCCCAAGUGUGUGACCAAGAUUAACUAUGGUGGUGACAUCCCCAAGAAGUACUACGUGCGGGACCAGCUGAAGCAGCAGUAUGAGCACUUAGUGGUAGUGAACCGGGGCUCCUCCCACCAGGUGGAGUAUGAGAUCCUCUUCCCAGGCUGCGUCCUCAGGUGGCAGUUCAUGUCUGAAGGGGCCGACGUGGGCUUUGGGGUCUAUCAGAAGACUAGAAUUGGGGAGCGGCAGCGAGCUGGCGAGAUGAUGGAGGUGCUUCCAAACCAACGCUACAAUGCCCACCUGGUUCCUGAGGACGGCUCCCUCACCUGUUCCGUGGCCGGCAUCUAUGUUCUGCGGUUUGACAACACCUACAGCUACCUCCAUGCCAAGAAGGUCAGCUACACAGUGGAGGUUCUGCUGCCAGACAAGAAGUCAGAGGAGCAGAUACAGCAACUGGAAGAGACCAUGAAUGAGUUGGACCUCAACAAUGCCCACCAGUGAUGGCUCUUAGAGCUCCCUCAUCGUCUGACCUCCACCGCCAGCCCCACUCCCAUCUCUCUCUGCACAAGCAAACCCAGGGCUUCUCCCAGACCCACCCAGCCAUGGGGAAGUGAAAGUGGAACUAUUCUCCAGAGAACCUCUGCUAGUUGCCAUUAGAACGUUCAGGCACCUU